AUGAAGCUUUUGAUCCUCCUCCUCUUGGCUCUCACGGUUGUCUUCGCUCUCCCCACCAACGGGGUCGAGAAGCGAGCUGAGAGAGAGGGAUGCAUCUCCAGCACCCUGACAUGGUCCGCGCGACAGGUUGACACGGUCAGCAAGGGAAUCACUCGUCUGGAUGCCUUCGCCCUAGAUAUCAACCAAGUCUAUUAUGGAAUCAUUGCUCCCCACACCUCCCAGAACGACGUCUUUAUCGAAUCCAAGGACAAAACAUGGUCAGUCAAGCAUGGCGAAGUUGCCCAGAACAAGACCUUGACUUUGAUUUAUAAGGAUCAGACCUUUGCGUUCGAGGCGUACCAAAACAAGAAGAGAAUCGCCCAGCUCAGCAAGAUCACUGAAUGGGAGUAUGAGUACUACUGCUGCAUCUAA